AUGGCUUCAGACAAAGUGGCCUCCUCGAUCGAUGACACACCCCAGACUGGCGAGAAGAGAAAGCGGGGUCGUCCACGCAAGACACCGGAGGAAUCAAUCCCUAAGACAUCCGAUGAACCUAAGCGCGGACGAGGACGUCCUCGGAAGGUUCUCUCCGAAGCAGAUCUUGCGGCGGCAGCUGCAGCUGCAGCUUCGCCAGCUUCAAAGAGAGGCCGUGGACGUCCACGCAAGGAGCCCGGUACGACGAAAGUGACGCCUUCUACCACACCCAAGAAGGAUGGUCGUGGCCGUCCCCGCAAGGAGCCUAGUAACGCAACAGCUACUCCGUCUACAGCACCUAAGAGGAAGGAUGGUCGUGGGCGUCCCCGUAAGGUGCCUGCAUCUGCACCCACGAGCCCAGCAGUCACCACGAAGAAGGAUGGUCGCGGACGGCCGCGCAAGAGCUUGCCUGCCAAUGGCACUACAAGUGUCGUCGAGCCCAAGAUCGAGGAGCCCAUUGCUACGGAGAAUCCUAAGACGAUCCCUGACUCUAAGACUGAUAACGCAACCUGGAACGACAGUGGUCGUUCGUACUGGCUGAUGAAGGCGGAGCCGGAGUCGCGCAUGGAGAAGGGAGUUGAUGUCAAAUUCUCGAUUGAUGAUCUGGCUGCUGCGGAGGAGCCCGAGCCCUGGGAUGGAGUUCGCAACGCUGUUGCACGAAAUAUCAUGAAGGAGAUGAAGCAAGGAGAUUAUGCAUUCUUCUACCACUCUAACUGCAAGGUCCCCGGAGUGGUUGGAGUGAUGGAAAUCGUGAAGGAACACUCGGUUGAUGGUUCGAUAACCCAUUCUUCUUUUGUUACUCGCCCACACAGUCUGCUAACAUUCGCCUUUUCUAUCUGCGUUGCAGAAUCCGCAUUCAAUCCCAAGCACCCUUACUACGAUGCCAAGUCCAGUCGCGAUGCCCCCAAGUGGGUUGUGGUACAUGUCGAGUUUCGCCGCAAGUUCGACAAGCAGGUCACGUUGAGCGACCUCAAGACUCACGCCCAGCCGGGCAAGGGCCUCGAGAACCUUCAGACUCUCAAGCAAUCAAGGCUCAGCGUAUCCUCGGUGACUCCUGCACAGUGGAAGUACAUUCUCGAACUAGCCGGGGAGGAUCCACAAGCGAAUGCUUAA